AUUAAUAAACUGUAAAAUUUGUCUAUGAUCACUCCUUGUCUCGUAUUUCCAAUAAAUCCUAUUAUCCUAUCAUGUCACCUCAAGACUGUCACCAAAUGCCCGUACAAACUUUAUAGGCGGUCUACGCUGCCAUGCACAAAUUCAAGAUUAACAGAUCUUGAAAUGCGGUGAUAGUCUUCAGAUCAAAACCAGUUCAAACACAAAAAAUUCGAACCAACCUCUCCGGACAACAAAAACGAAAUUAAAAUUAAAACGCACAAUCAAAAAAGAAAUAUAACGUACGGGCAGUAACACGACGGAGCAAAAACCUUCGCGUGUGACAUUAUUCUCGGUAUAACCGAGAUUGGUCUUACAAUCAUACAUAAUUUGUACUUUGUAUACAUUUACCUUGCAUAAUACCAUCGAAUAUGUCUGAAACAAAGGACGUAGAUGAUAUUUGCGAGGGUGUUUCAGAACUCACAGUUCUAUCCUUCAGGAAACUAGACGAUAUCAAGAAAUUGGCGAAGCAUUUCCGCUAUGUCAUCAAUCAUCCUAUAACCCAGCAAAGUCCAGUUAUAACGCGUUACUUGAGGAAUUUAGAUGAUACACACCGGAAUAUAUACCUCAAGAAACGAGAAGGUGUCGAAGUUGAGUACAUAUUUACGACGGAAAAGAAAAGCAAUUUGCAGCGGCAACGUUUUAACAGCUUGCCUGUCAGUGAAGUGCCAGAAAUACUUAAAACUGAGUACAUGCUUGUCGAUAAUGCAAAGCAAGUGCAUAUUUGCACGGACUGCAAGGUUGAGAUCGAGUUAAACGAUGAGGAACCAUUAAUGGAAUCUCUUCAAAAACACUUUAAUCUCGAUGUCCAUUUACCUAAAUUGAAAAGAGAGAGCAUUGAUGUCGCUGAACCAAUUAUUUUGCCGAAAAUGUCGAGGCGUCUCUCCGCUAUGGAGGGUGGCGACAAUGCUGGACAGAAUAUUGAGCAUAUUAUCCAAUUAGUGAAACCAACGGAGAAGAUGGACAAAACGUUCCUUAGUAAGCUGGAAACGUGCUUAAUAAGACACUUGCCAGAUAACUCCGAGCCGAGUAUAGACGCUGCGGUCAAGUUUUAUCAGACGGUGUAUGACAAAAUCGGUCAAGAUAUGAUGACCAUCGAUUUCACCACUCAGGCGAGCUCUGUCGCGCCAAUCAUUAUGAGUAUUAAGGACAACGUGAAUCAAAAUUUCGCGGCUGAUGCUAAUAAGAAUUUCGACAACGAUGAUGGCGAACAGGCUCCAGAGAAACCAGUAAAAAACCAAGCAAAGAAAUACCGCUAUUAUGGGCCUAUCGAGGCUCUUAUUGUCAAUUUGCUGAUGAAUCACAAGCUACUGACGUUGAUCGACGACCGUACAGGGAAACUUGCGUUCUUUUGCAUGGCGUGUGAAUAUUACACGCUCAGAUUUCGUUACGACAGCGUCCUGAACCACGUGUUCAGUGACAUGCAUAUGUACAACCUCGUUAGCAUCUUACAGUCCGACGAACACAUCCCAUUCUCCAAAGAUCCUACUAUCGAAAAGAUACAAGCAAUGAACAAUAAUUUUAAAAAGAAGUUUCUGUCCAACCCUGAUAAGUCAGAUAACCAAGGAGUGUAUUGCUCGCUUUGUAAACUAGAGCUUGAGACAAAUGAGAGCGUUAUCUUGCAUAUCUUGGAUGAGAAUCACCUGGCAAGAUUGUCAGAUAAACUGUACCGUAAGAUGAAGACGACCAACCCAGAUGGCCCCCUUCCAGACGAAUGGGGACCAAAGAGCUUAGACUGGGCAAAAUUUUUGGCUAGCGUCGGGAAGCCCUUGAAUAAUAGAGAUCAUGUUGUGAUUGAGAACUUUAUAAAACCGUCAGGAAAGAUCGCGAACUACUGCUCCUGUUGCGAUAUGACUCUACGAGGACCUAGGCAGGUCCUGUUCAAUCAUAUUCGUCAAAAGAAGCAUCUGCGCAACGCCGCCCCACACAAACUGUCACUUUUGUACAAGAACCAUUGUCGUCCAGCGGAAUACUUUGCCAGCUUCGGUAAUUACUAUGUAUGUGCUAUUUGCCCGACCUAUAUUGCUCUGCCAUCUUUCGCGGCCAUAGUUGAGCACUUUGAAAGCACAUUGCACGUUGAGACAAUCUCCAAAUUGAUCGGAUCAGCUUUAUAUCCUGAAUUUGACCAGAAAUUGCUAGACAUGAACAAGAUUAUAGUCGGCGAUGUUAUCAAAUGCGAAAUCUGUGAUGUUUCUUUCGCUGAUUUGAGCGAAGCUGUAAUGCAUAUACUAUGUAACUUUGAUCACCAGAAUUCUAUGAUUGAAACGAGAGUGAAAGCUAACAAGGGUGAUAUAAUAAGCGUUUACAUGCGCGGAAACUAUGUUUUACACAGUGAGGGUGCUAUGUUUACCUGUGUUCCUUGCAAGAGUGUCUUCUAUUCAAUCCGUUCGUUGUUAUUCCAUUUGGUGUACGCUGAGCAUUUUAAAGAGAAACCGUCAGCGGAGAAUGUGUUUAGAUUCUAUUUGGAGUUAAAACAUAAUGUUAAUAUGUUGGCAAGGAAUAAGUAUGUGUACUAUGAUUUUGGCAAGUUGAAGUGUGGGGUUUGUGACUCUGAUGUUGAUGAUGGGGAAAAUGCUAAACGCCAUGUGGUAUCGCCACGCCAUAGAGAAAAUAUGGGGGCCAGUUAUGUUAACGUUAAUUUAGAUACGUCUGCUAUGGAAUGAGUUAUGAAUGUACUUCGCCACGCGGCGCCGCUCGUAUUUGGGCAGUUUACAACACGCGCCGGUGGAGUUUUGCGAAUUGAAAUUUUAUUAAAUGAAAUAAUUUUCUAA